GGCAGCGGGCCGCGGCUGUGGACGCUGCGGGCCGGCGGCGGGGGAAGGCGGCGGCCUGCCCGGCCCGCGGGGGGACGCGCGCGGCUCGGAGCGAGGAGCCGGCGGCAGAGGAGGCCGGAGAGCCCGGUCUCCUCCCUCCUCCGCUCCGAUCCGCCAGGGCAGCGCCCGCCCUGCCUGCAGGGCAGCGGGACAGCUCGGCCUGCAAGCCCGGAGGCAGAGACCUUCCAUGCUGUUAAAUCAGCCACGGCUCGUUAAACCGGGAGCCGCAGAGCUUCCCUCAGCAUUUGCUGUUAGGGCCAAACUUUCCCUAAUGUACAGAACUAGGUGGCCCCAACUCCUGAAGGACAAACGCGUAUAGGCAGGGAGGCAGGGAAACAAAGGUGUUCAACGCCAAUCCCCUACAAGAGGUGUAUCAUGAGAAUUUUCAGAAUGGCUUCCUCGGUUGACAUGCCUGUGAAUUAUGAAGAGAUGUUUGCUCAUCGGUUUACGCUAGAUGAUAAGGAAUACCAAGAGUACCUGAAAUGCCCUGUGGAUCCACCUCCUAUAGUUGAAGAAUGGAGAAAUAGAUCGGGUGGUAACCAGAGAAACAGAGAUCGGUUUCAAGAUGGCAGAUAUUUUAGAGGGGACAGAUACAACUGGCAAGGUGACCAUAGAUCUAAUCAGAGGCCAGAAAGAAGUUGGGGUAAUAACUACCAGCAGCACAGACAAGGACAAUCUUACUCUUCUCACUAUGGACAAUAUGGCUACAAUUCCUACAACCCAGGGCCUCGUUACCAUCCCUACUGAUGACAUUUGUGGUUUGAAGAUCCAGUAACAAUAUGUAAAAAAAAAAAAAAAAAACCAGUCAGUUGGGCUUUGUCUGUCUUCAGUUUUUCAAUUUUUCAUGGUUUUAUAGAUAACUGAAGAAUCAGUAUUGAAGUCCAUUCCUGCUUAUCUGUAGUGCAAACUGAAAAAGAAAAUACCCUUUAUGAAUAAUAAAAGCAUAUUAAACUAAGUUUGUGUAGAGACUGCAGAUUUAGAUUAAAUUUCUGUCUCAUUCUUCUUUGUCUGAAUGCGUAUUAGUACACUUUUACAUUUUGGAAAACAGGUCAGGGGACUAAUCUGCAGCUUUUAAGACCAUGUGCUAGUGUUAUAAGAGUUCUUUUUGAAGGUGACAUAUUGUGUCUUUCUUUGGAGAGAAGUUCUAAGUUUGGCUCUUGAUAGUGAGAAAAACUCAGUUUGGUUUGAAUUUCAGAUAUUUUAAAAGGAGUAGAGGGAUGCUAUUACAGAAAUACUUUAUGGUGUGCUAGCAUUUAUGAAAACUCAAGAGAGGAACUUCUUUUAGAUAUUGGUGAAGACAUGUUGCUUCUCAAUAUUUAAUUUAUUGGAAUAAAAAGAAUUGUAUCAGAGAAACAAGAUCUCGCAUACAAGAUAAAUUCCUGUCUGUUGAAUCAGUGGUUUCAAUUCAUAUGCAGUAUUCCUCUUAAAGUAUGGUAACAACUGAAAUAAAUUAAGUGGUUUAAAUAUAUAUCUUCUUACUCUAGUAGUUCAGUGGUACACAAAUUUUAUCUGAGAAGUGGUACCAAACUUGGAUUGAUAUCAUCUUAAAAUAAUUUUGGUAUGUGCAUGACACAUUUUGGGAUUCCUGUUUCUUUAAGUAAAGCUGUAAAAUCAUGAUGACUGUAAUUAGUUAUUAUGAAGUGCUUCAUGGAUGUCUUGAACCAUAGUAAGUACUGUUCUGUACUUCUUGCCUGAGAAAACAGCAUAAGCAGUGUAGAGUUAUGUUUUUCGGUUCUUAAAUAAUUUGAGUUCUGUAUUUUUUUUAAUAUUCACACAAAUAAAAGUGUAUUUCAGGCUUAA